GGUGAGGCCUUGAGCUUGGUGUGGGGCUGGAGGGCGGAUGAGAGAGAGAUCCCCGGGGCGACCCCUGCCGCCCUCGGCUCUCCACGGCGGGGCUUCCUGCGUGGUGGUGCUGGUAGGCUGGAUCCAGCUGCAGACUGCUGGAAGCAUGUUUCAUGGAAUCCCAGCAGCCCCUGGAAUGGGAGCCCCAGGGAAUAAGCCAGAACUGUACGAGGAAGUGAAGUUAUACAAGAAUGCCCGGGAGCGAGAAAAAUAUGACAACAUGGCCGAGCUAUUUGCUGUGGUGAAGACGAUGCAGGCUCUGGAGAAAGCCUAUAUCAAGGACUGCGUCACCCCCAAUGAGUACACUGCAGCCUGUUCCCGCCUCUUAGUCCAGUACAAGGCUGCAUUCAAGCAGGUGCAAGGCCUGGAGAUCAACUCAAUUGAUGACUUUUGCCGCAAGUUUCGGCUCGAUUGCCCGUUGGCCAUGGAAAGGAUCAAAGAAGAUCGGCCAAUCACCAUCAAGGACGACAAAGGGAACCUCAACCGCUGCAUUGCUGACAUUGUGUCGCUCUUUAUCACAGUGAUGGACAAGCUGCGCUUAGAAAUCCGGGCCAUGGAUGAGAUACAGCCUGACCUCCGGGAAUUGAUGGAGACCAUGAACCGCAUGAGCCAUUUGCCCACAGACUUCGAGGGGCGGCAGAAAGUGAGCCAGUGGCUACAGACACUGAGCGGCAUGUCAGCUUCUGAUGAACUGGAUGAUUCUCAAGUCCGGCAGAUGCUCUUUGACUUGGAGUCUGCCUACAAUGCCUUCAACCGCUUUCUGCACUCUUGAGGACACCUGCUCUUGCCUUGGCAGUGGCUGAGACAGACCCCCCCCCUUGGUGUAAACAGUGCAGCCCCCCCCCCAUGGUUGUACAAUGUUAUGGUGCUCUUGUGAAGUUGUUGAGAAUGGACAUUCCUUCCAAAGACAAGGGCUCUUAAUUUCCCUCUUUUGGAAAAAAAGAGGUUGCUGCUUGUUUAAUUAACAUGUGACCUUCCUGGCUGUCCCACUUUCUUUUUCAUUGCAUAGUGUUUGUGACCAUUGCUCUAACUUGGGGGGAGGUCUCAUGUUGCACCAGGACAGAAGGCAAACAAUGGUGACAGCGACCUCUCCUUGGAGCCUGAAGGGAGAGGAGCAGGGCACUCAACGCCUGUGUGGUGGUCAUCUUUAUUGGGUCUUGCUUUUGCAAGGCAGAUUCUGCACAUCUGAAGCAAAUAAAUCCUCUUUCUAAAGUGAGAAA